AUGAAAGAUAAGCAAAAACCCUUGACACCACCACUAGAAAUUCUAUUACCUGAGGAGAAAUUAAAAAUUCACUAUUAUGGAACAAUUACAAAUACUGGAGAGAAAUUAAAACAGUUGUCUCGACUCACAAUGAUUUUCUCUGAAGCUGACCAAAUUCACACAUUGCAUAGUUUUCCCUUUUAUCUUCUUUUGUUUUUUCUUUUUUGUGUUUUUUCUUCUUUUUUGUGUUUUUUCUUCUUUUUUGUGUUUUUUGUUUUUGUUUUGUUUUUCUGUUUUCUCUUCUGCUUUUCUUUUUCUUUCUUCUCUCUUUCUCUCUUCUCUCUUUCUCUCUUCUCUCUUUCUCUCUUCUCUCUUUCUCUCUUCUCUCUUUCUCUCUUCUCUCUUUCUCUCUUCUCUCUUUUUCUCUCUCUUUCUCUCUCUUUCUCUCUCUUUCUCUCUCUUUCUCUCUCUUUCUCUCUCUUUCUCUCUCUUUCUCUCUUUUUUUUCUUCUCUCUUUCUCUCUUCUUUUUUUUCUCUUCUCUCUUUCUCUCUUCUUUUUUUUCUCUUCUCUCUUUCUCUCUUCUUUUUUUUCUCUUCUCUCUUUCUCUCUUCUUUUUUUUUCUCUCUCUCUCUCUCUUUUUUUCUCUUUUUUUCUCUCUCUCUCUUCUUUUUUUCUCUUCUUUUUUUUUUUUUCUCUCUCUCUCUUCUUUUUUUUUCUUCUUUUCUCUCUCUCUCUCUUCUUUUUUUUUCUCUUCUUUUCUCUCUCUCUCUCUUCUUUUUUUCUCUUCUUUUUCUCUCUCUCUCUCUUCUUUUUUUUUCUCUUCUUUUUCUCUCUCUCUCUCUUCUUUUUUUUUCUCUUCUUUUUCUCUCUCUCUCUCUUCUUUUUUUUUCUCUUCUUUUUCUCUCUCUCUCUCUUCUUUUUCUCUCUUUAAAGACCUUUACAUAGAGAGAUCACAGUCAGAUGUCCAAGCCUAUGACCUUUUGGCCGUGCAACCCACUACUGAAAAAUUAUUUCACAUGGCUUGUGGUACCCUUGAUAUUGAUAUCAUCUCUGUAAAUAUGAUGGAACAAAUGCCUUUUCGCUACAAGCGACCAUCACUGAAUAUGGCAGUUGAACGAGGAGUUUUCUUUGAAAUCCAAUAUGGACCAAUGAUCCGAGACAGAGAGGCUUGCAAGAAUAUCAUUGCCAAUGUACAAAUGCUUCUGGAAGUUGGAAAAGGAAAAAAUUUGAUAUUGAGCAGUGGCUGUGAUAAUUUACUCUUUUUGUUUAAUUUUCUUUUUCUUUUCACCCUCUUCUUUCUUUUCUUUUUCUUUUCACCCUCUUCUUUCUUUUCUUUUUCUUUUCACCCUCUUCUUUCUUUUCUUUUCUUUUCACCCUCUUCUUUUUUCUUUUCUUUCUUUUCACCCUUUUUUUUUUCCUUUCUUUUCACCCUCUUCUUUCUUUUCUUUUCUUUUCUUUUCUUCUUUCUUUUCUUUUUCUUUUCACCCUCUUCUUUCUUUUCUUUUCUUUUCUCUUCUUUUUUUCACCCUUUUCUUUCUUUUCCUUUCUUUUCACCCUCUUCCUUUUUCUUUUUCUUUUCUUUUUUCUUUUUCUUUUCACCCUUUUCUUUUCUUUUUCUUUCUUUUUUUUCUUUUCACCCUCUUCUUUCUUUUCCUUUCUUUUCACCCUCUUCUUUCUUUUCCUUUCUUUUCACCCUCUUCUUUCUUUUCCUUUCUUUUCACCCUCUUCUUUCUUUUCUUUUUCUUUUCACCCUCUUCUUUCUUUUCUUUUUCUUUUCACCCUCUUCUUUCUUUUUCCUUUUUCACCCUCUUCCUUCUUUUCCUUUCUUUCCUUCUUUCUUUUCUUUCUUUUCCUUUCUUUUUUUUCUUUUUUCUUUUCACCCUCUUCUUUCUUUUCUUUUCUUUUCUUUCUUUUCUUUUUUCUUUUCCUCUCUUCUUUCACCCUCUUCUUUCUUUUCCUUUCUUUUCACCCUCUUCUUUCUUUUCUUUUUCUUUUCACCCUCUUCUUUCUUUUCUUUUUCUUUUCACCCUCUUCUUUCUUUUCCUUUCUUUUCACCCUCUUCUUUCUUUUCCUUUCUUUUCACCCUCUUCCUUCUUUUCCUUUCUUUUCACCUCUUUCUUUUUUCCUUUCUUUUUCUUUCUUUUCUUUUUUCUUUUCACCCUCUUCUUUCUUUUCUUUUUUUUCACCCUCUUCUUUCUUUUUCUUUUCUUUUCACCCUCUUCUUUCUUUUUCCUUUCUUUUUUGUUUCUUUCCCCUCUUCUUUCUUUUCCUUUUCACCUCUUCCUUCUUUUCCUUUCUUUUUACCCUCUUCUUUCUUUUCCUUUCUUUUCACCCUCUUCUUUCUCUUCUUUCUUUUCCUUUCUUUUCACCCUCUUCUUUCUUUUCUUUUUCUUUUCACCCUCUUCUUUCUUUUUCUUUUCACCCUCUUCUUUCUUUUCCUCUGUUUCUCCCCCUUCUUUCUUUUCCUAUUUUUAAGUAUUAAUUUGGUUUGUUUUUUUAUCAUUCUUUUCCAGCCGUUAGAUAUACGAGGUCCUUAUGAUGUUACAGCUUUGGGCUUAAUGCUUGGUUUAUCAGAGGCAAAAGCUAAACAGGCUCUGUCAACCAACUGCAAUUCAGUGUUGUUACAUGCAGCUGCUAGAAAAGCUGGUCGGUCAGUUGUCAGUAUUACUCGGCUUGACAGUCUUCCAAACAAAGACAAGUGGGUCACCAAUGCCACGGAUCCUUCUACUUUAGAGGUUGAGGAUGAAGAAUCAGCUCCAGAGAACUCAGAAGAGGAUGAAGAGGUUUCUGGUUCUGAAGAUGAAAGUGACCAUGAACCUCCAACCAAAAAGAAAAAAGACUUGACAUAA